AUGGGUCCCUUGCCAAGGUCUAGCGAUAAUCCCGUGAUUGACGAGCCGUCGACCGACACGCGCCAUUCAUCGCGAGAUGAUUCCCUUUCGAGGCACGCCUCAGACAGUCACCAGCCCAUGGAUACUGUGCGAAGGAGGCCUGAAGCUUCCAUACGCAGUCCGGUCCCCGACGAGACUGGCCGGUGGGACCGAGACCAACCCUCCGGAUCCGACCUCGGCAUUCCACGAACCAGCCAGAGCGCUGGGCGGUCCCCGCUGCUUGGGUCCGAUCGAGGACGUUCGACGCGCCCGCGCAAACCGGCCAUGCCGCGUCGCGCAUCUUCCAGCGCGCAAGCACCCCACCGAGGCGAGGUCUUCUCGGUCGACGACGGCAUUGCCGAGGUGGAGGCGGAUGCCGCCGAGCGCCAGCAGACCUUGACUGGUACUGUGCGGAGACGAGCCGCUGCCGCUCCCGCGCUUGCAAGAGUCCAUUCUUCUCACGACGAUGAUACAGUGCCCGAGCACCCCGAAGAGCAGACAGCCCCGAUCGACGCCGCCCUGAGAAACGAGGACACUGCAAAUACUCCGGGUGAUGAUACACAUGAGGAUGAGACCCCAAUUCACGAUGACGGGGAUGUCAGCGACGCCGAGAGCUUCACCCUGAAAGAUCGCCAACAGGCCAUCAAUGAAACGCACCCCUUCGGUAUCAGGCUGUGGAAGCCAGCCCUAUACAAGAAGAGUCGGUCGGUGCAGAAGACGGCAGAGGUUGACAUCCACUCGUCGCCCGGCGGCCGUGUCAGCAACUGGCUCUUGUUUUUCAACAUACUGUGGACACUUGCUUUUGGAUGGUGGAUGGCCUUCAUCGCCUUUGCCGGCGCCGCCAUAUGCUUCUUAUUCGCUGCUGCCCCCAGCGCCAGAGAGUACGGCCGAGUAUUGUGGGGCUUGGCAAGCUAUCUAUUCUACCCCUUUGGCAAAUUCAUCCGGCUGGAGCAGCAGGAAGCCUAUAUGGACGAGGAUCAGGGCGAGGGCAGAAGCAUUAGCGAGUAUGAGCAGUGGCAGAGCGGUGACCUAGAGUAUGGGCGCCUUUUCUUUGGGCCGGACAGGAACCGCUCCAUCAUCGGGCGGUCUCGGCGGAGCAUCGACUCGGAACCCGACGAGACCGAGAGUCUUCUCGGCAGAGGACGCGGCCAAGACCACGAUCUGCAUCUUCCCCGGAUGAAGCGAAGAUUGUUUGGGCGCGGGGAGUGGAACGUUGGGCGCGUCAUCUUUUUCUCAUUUUUCUACUUUCUGAUCACACCGUCCCUUUUCGCCGUUUCGGCCAUCUGCUGGUUUCUGGUGUUCUGGAUACCCAUGGGCAAAGUCACGCUGCUCCUUUUUGACCACCUCCGCCGCCAUCCCCUGGCCCUGUCCUUCGAGUCAGACAUUGCUUCUGCUCGAGCGCCGACAGCGCCUCAUUCUUCCAUCCUGGUCUGCACCUAUCGCGCUGUUGGUCUGAAGUACUGGAAGUACACCAUUGACGGAACCAACAUCUUCCUGAUCAACCUUAUGGCCGUCGUAGUCUUUGUCAUCUUUGACUGGCUCGUGCUCGAGGGCGUCCUGCAUAUUGACAACUUCCUCACAUCAUCUGCGUUCCUCUUCGUCGCAGGUCUCUUGUCCAUCAUUCCGCUCGCCUACUUCAUCGGUCAAGCUGUGGCUUCCAUCUCUGCCCAGUCAUCCAUGGGUCUUGGCGCGGCCAUCAAUGCCUUCUUUUCCACCAUCGUCGAGGUUUUCCUCUACUGCGUGGCCCUGCAGCAGGGCAAAGCCCAGCUCGUUGAAGGCAGCAUCGUCGGCAGUAUAUUCGCUGGUAUCCUGUUUCUGCCAGGCUUGUCUAUGUGUUUUGGGGCCAUCAAGCGUAAGACGCAGCGGUUCAACUCCAAGUCGGCUGGCGUGACUUCGACCAUGCUCCUGUUUGCCGUCAUCGGCGCCUUCGGCCCGACCCUUUUCUACCAGAUCUAUGGUACCCAUGAGCUGACUUGCCAGGACUGCAUCAAUUUCGACCGCCCCGGUCGCGGUGGAGGGGUGCUCCGCGAUUGUCGGCGUUGCUACUUCUCGCAAACGCCAGCCAUAAACGACCGGUUCUACCUGGAGGCGGUGCGGCCCUAUUGCUAUCUUGCUGCUACAAUGCUAUUCAUGUCCUACAUCAUUGGUCUCUGGUUCACACUCCGCACACAUGCCGCUGUCAUCUGGAACACGGAUGCCGACGAGAAGAAGCACGAUGACCACGUCACGCCUCACCACACCCCUCGACCUCUGGGCAAUCCGUCGGCCGCGGACUCCACUGCCACGGACAUCCGGGACUCGAAUCUGUACAAGCGCAUUCUUGGGCAAUCUCUCCGCCAAGUUGGCCAUCAAUCUCGACCAGACGAGCAGACGAGACAAAGCUCAAAUGCUGCGGGGAGCAACGCCGCCAAAGGCACACUCCAUCUCGUGCCUCCGAAGCCCACAACAUACGGCACCGAAACCAUUGGCCCCAGUAUCAGCAUUCCUGGGCUUACUGAUGCUGAGAAUAACCAUCUUGCUCACCAAGUUGCCGAGAUUGCUGCGACGGCUGCCACCGUUGCCGCCAGGAACGUGCAAGGACACAGGCGAGGUCACCCGGCUCCAAUUUCGACAGGAGCUCCUCAUCCUCCCCUUUCCAUCAGCCCUAGCGGACUUGGACGCACCACUGUCGUCCCAGGCCACGACGAAGUUCCGGAUCAAGCUGGAACCCAGGCAGGCGGCCACGGACACGACGCACCAAACUGGAGCCGACUCAAGAGUUCCGUCAUACUGAUGGGAGCCACAGUGCUUUACGCGAUUAUUGCAGAGAUACUCGUUGACACGGUGGACGUUGUGCUUGAGAGCUUCGAGAUUGACGAGAAAUUUCUCGGCAUCACACUGUUUGCGUUGGUGCCCAAUACGACCGAGUUCCUGAAUGCCAUAUCGUUUGCCAUGAAUGGCAACAUUGCGCUCUCCAUGGAGAUUGGUUCGGCCUAUGCUCUUCAGGUCUGUCUGCUGCAGAUCCCCGCCCUGGUUCUCUUCUCGGCCGUCAACCCUCUCGGCGUCCCCGCUGAGGAUGUGGCACGCUACACGUUUAGCCUGCUCUUCCCGCAGUGGGACAUGGUGACCGUGAUCCUCUGCGUGUUCCUGUUGAGCUACAUGUAUGGCGAGGGCAAGAGCAACUACUUCAAGGGCAGCAUCUUGCUGCUGAGUUAUCUGGUGGUUGUGGUCGGAUACUACUUCAGCGGCUAUGGGACCAGCCUUGACAAUCCGGAAGCCGGCAUCAGCCGGUUCGACACGUUGGCUGGCGACGGUCAGUGGAUGAGCUACAGUUUCAAGACGGUGGGCAGGGGGAGUUCGGGAGUGGCGUUUUGA